UCACGUGCUCAUGUAAUUUAACCGAGAAUUAGCAUAAAUAACAAUGGAUUUACUUUUAAAAAUGUGAACACAGUAUUUGGAUGCUGAGGAUCAUUAAUGAAAUGCACUAUGUUUACAAUGACAAUAAAAUAUGCAUAAAUCAAAUUGUGAACAUUUUUACUACUUUAUUUUACAAUGAAAAAUAAUAAAUUCUCGUAGAGUGCACUCAAACCACUAAAAUCAUAAACAUACGUAUGCACAAAAAAUAUUUUGGCUACAAAUACGUACAUGUAUAUGGUGUGUGUUUAUAUUAAACUUUGCUGAAAAAACCAUUAAACCAUAAAUUAAGUGCUAAAACAAAAUUAAAUAAAAUAAUUUUAUUGUGCUUCCGCUUUGGUUUUGCUGGAAAAAUUCUGAAAGUGUUUUCAAAAUUUUAAUCAAAUGAAACUAAAUCAAACAGAGUGCAGCUGAUGGUUUUACGAUAUUAUAUUGGAGCCCUUGUGUUGCUAGUUUCAUUUCUAGCACCAAAGGGAGUCUCCUCAAACUCCAAUGCCAUUAUUCCGUCGACCAAUGUGAUAACUGAGGAACCAGAAUUUACGGACGUAAUCGAAAAUGUCACCGUACCUGCAGGAAGGAAUGUCAAAUUGGCGUGCUCUGUAAAAAAUUUAGGAUCUUAUAAGGUUGCUUGGAUGCAUUUCGAACAAUCAGCAAUAUUGACUGUACAUAAUCACGUAAUUACUAGAAAUCCACGGAUAUCUGUGACACAUGAUAAGCAUGAUAAAUUCAAGACAUGGUUCUUGCAUAUUGCAAAUGUCCAGGAAGAAGACAAAGGACGAUAUAUGUGUCAAAUAAACACGGUAACUGCAAAAACUCAGUUUGGAUACGUCCACGUUGUAGUUCCUCCCAAUAUUGAUGACAGUCUGAGUUCAAGUGACAUUAUUGUGCGAGAAAAUUCAAAUGUAACGCUUAAAUGUAGAGCCCAUGGUUCUCCGCAUCCCACAAUUAAAUGGAAGCGUGAUGAUAAUUCAAAAAUAAAUAUUAAUAGAUCAACGAGCGUAUAUGAUUGGGAUGGAGAAAUGUUAGAAAUCACAAAAAUAUCGCGCUUAGAUAUGGGAGCAUAUUUGUGUAUUGCAAGCAACACCGUUCCACCUUCUGUCAGUAAGCGAAUUAAAGUCAGCGUAGAUUUUUCCCCAAUGCUUCAGAUUCCUCAUCAACUAGUUGGAGUUCCUUUAAAUUUCAACGUUACAUUGGAAUGCUUUACUGAGGCUCAUCCUACUAGCUUAAAUUAUUGGACUAGAGAGGAUGGUCACAUGAUACAUGAUAGCAAAAAAUAUAAAACUGAACAGAGCGUUGGAGUGCCAUCCUAUAGGACACAUAUGCGCUUAACUAUUUACAAUGUACAACAUUCAGAUUACGGAACUGUAAAGUGUGUUGCGAAAAAUCCUCGUGGAGAGACAGACGGAACAAUCCGACUUUAUCUUUCAACACCACCUACAAAUUCGCCUGCUUCUACAGUAGAAAAUUUCAAAGACUGGUCGGACAUUAGGAGUGAUAUUAAUGCCAAUAAUACAAUCAUCAACGGUCAAAUUCAUUCCAAUUCUGUACACGUUUCUGAGAAAAACAUCAAACACAUAUCCAACAUUAAUGAUAUUGACAGAUUCGAGCAAAAAUCAUCAGAAAAGAAAUUGAAUUGGCCAAUAGAAGAGAGUAAAGCCAAUUACGUCAAUAAAAUAGAAAACGUCUUAUUAGGAAUGAUUCUAUUUCUUGGACUUAUGAUACAGCAACGAAUUAUAUUAACAAAUUAAAUGAAUUUUAUUUUUUAUAUUUUAAUAUCUAUGUACGUUAAGUAAAACUUUGAUUAAUUAUUACUUUUUUGAAAAUUUG